UGGUCUGAUUUGAACAGAAAGCCGCGCAACAACAAGAAAGACUCGUGUUAGCGAAUAGCAUCGUGUAUUAUAAACAAAAUAACCCAACAAAAUCGAGUAAGAAACGCGUGAUUGUAAAAGCUAACGUUGAUUUUACACGCAAUUGAAGAUGUGUUUCUACAUUCAUGUUUAGAAGGGAUACGUGUUAAAAAUUCAGAGGGGAUACGUCUUGAAGAACAAUGGAGUCAUGUCUGAAUUACAAACCCGAGCGAGUUGGCUCGGUAACGGUUGAAGACUUAAAAAAGGAUCUAUUUGCGGAGUUCUCCAAACUAUCAAGGGAGUCGGUGUCACUGGAAAAAGAACAUUUGCAGGUCUAUCUGCGUGUGCGUCCGUUCACUGCUGCGGAGAAAGCGGAAGAAGAAGAGCAGAAGUGCAUCUCAAUUGAGGCACCGGAUACUGUGGUUCUGAAGGCACCAAGAGCAUCUCUGACAGCCAGACACAGUGAGAGACUCGGACCACAGCUUGCACAGCGAUUUCAGUUCUCACAGGUGUAUGGCCCAGAAACAACUCAAAGACAGAUGUUCGAUGGGACAACAAAGAGUCUUGUGAAAGAAGUUCUGGAGGGAGGAAAUUCCUUGAUCUUUACUUAUGGAGUUACCAAUGCUGGGAAGACAUUUACAUUUCUUGGCCCUGAAUCAGACAGUGGAAUUCUGCCGAGGUCCCUCAAUGUGAUUUUUAACAGCAUAGAAGGCAGAAUUUAUUCUCAAAAUAACAUCAAGCCUCAUCGAUGUGUUGACUUUACAAGACUCACUAAAGAGCAACAGGAUGAUGAAGCUACACAUAAGAGAAACCUUCUCAGACGAUUUAAAGAUAGUGACUCACAGAAGACCAUGUCAAGUAUCUCUAGUUGUUCAUCACUUGAAAGCUCUACCUCUAGUGAUAUAGAUGGAGAAAGUGUGUGUUUGGAUGAGUCCUCUCAUGUUAAAUUCUCAGUCUGGGUCUCUUUUUGUGAAAUCUACAAUGAAAAUAUCCACGACCUGCUUGAUGUUGUUCCAAAUGGCUCUCAGAAGAGGACCACUUUGCGGUUAGCCCAAGAUGUUAAAGGGAAUGCUUUUGUCAAAGAUCUGAAAUGGGUUCAAGUGAACAGUGCAGAUGAAGCAUACAAAAUUGUGAAAAUCGGAAGGAAAAAUCAAAGUAUCUCAUCCACUAAGCUCAACAACAUCUCUAGCAGAAGCCAUAGCAUAUUUUCCAUUCGAAUUUUGCGGAUUGAAGAUGUGGGUGUUCCCCGAAUACAGACAAUAAGCGAGUUGUCAUUAUGUGAUUUGGCUGGAUCUGAGCGAUGUGCAAAGACUCAGAACAGAGGAGACCGGUUGAAAGAAGCUGGAAACAUCAACACUUCACUGUUAACUCUGGGAAAGUGCAUCAAUGCUCUGAGGCUCAAUCAAACUCAAUCCAAGUUUCAUCAGCACAUACCCUUUAGAGAGAGUAAGCUCACACACUUCUUGCAAGGUUUCUUCUGUGGUCGUGGAAAAGCCUGCAUGAUCAUCAACAUAAACCAAUGUGCCUCAAUGUAUGACGAAACCCUUAAUGUCCUCAAGUUCUCAGCAGUGGCUCAGAAGGUAGUGGUCCUCAAUCCAAAACCAGCUCCUACCAUCGUGGCUAAGAGAUCUGCAAGAGAUGUGUCCAUGAUUAUCAAUAAUGCUGACCAGAAGAACUGGACCAGGAGAAGCUCACUGAUGAGUUGGGAAAUGAGCCUAGAGGAUGUGCAGGAGGAUGAAGAUGAUGACAUGGGUGAGGAAGAAGUGGAGAGUGAUGAUGAGAGCAUGGAAGAAGAAACUGUGCUAGAUGCUGCAGACAGUCAAGAGCUGCAGGAGCUUCAGAUAAAAAUUGAAGAGCUCAAAGACAAGCUGUCCAAAGAAGAGUCUGAAAAGUUGGCCAUGGAAUCUCGAAUUCGUGAAGAAGUCACAGCAGAAUUCAUGGAGCUGUUUUCUAACAUGGAGAAGGAUUACAAUGAACGUCUCCAAAGAGAAAAGGAAAUUGUUGAGGAAAGAGCAGAUAGGAGGCUUGAGAUACUUAAGAAUCUGGUAAACAGAACCAUUGGAGAAAUAAACUCUGACCGUUCUAAUGAGAACUCUGCAAAGGAGGCCGAGAUUAAGUUGUUGGACGGCAUCAUUGAGACAAUGCAAGAUGAUCUAACUAAGAUAAAAGGCGAUGCAGAGGCAGUACAGAUUUGUCUGACAAACGUUCCCGACUUGCUUGAAACUGUCAAUCUUCUGAAGACACAGCUGGAAGAUACGACCGAGCAGCUUGGCAAGAGCCAACAUGUUCUCAGUCUUAAAACCAAAGAGUUUGAAGCAAUGUGUGCUCAGGCGCGGGAAUCAAAUGACCAGCUUCAGGAGGAAAAAAUGAAUCAUGAUUACCAGAAAGUGAGAUGUCAGGAACUGAUGUCAAUCUGUCAGGAGAAAGAUGACAUGAUCUCCAAGUUACAGACAACUUUGGAUCAAAAUGUUGAGGCUGCUACUAAAGAUAGGACUUUUAUUGACACCAUCAAAGAGGAAAUCCUUCAUCUGAGAAAUAACUGUAAGUGUAUGCAGAAUGAAGAUGGUGUUCCUAGAAUGGAAGAAAUAUUGACCCAGGAAAUUCAACAGCUCCUUCAAGAUCUGAAAAUGAAAGAUGAGCAGCUGAAUGAGCUUAAACACAAGCAAAGUUCCCUGGAGAAGAAAGUGUCUGAUCUCAAUGAUAGAUUGGAAAAGCAGACACAUGUAAAUGAAGCCACUGCUUCCUCUUUGGUGAUGGAGAGAGCAGAGGUCACCAAAGUUACAAAUGAAAACAAAGCUCUUGCCAAUGAGCUGCAUCAACUUCAGCAAGCGGCCAAUGACAUGAGCUCUCAGCUCAAAACUGUUCAAAUGGAACUGCAAAGUAAGGGGAAGUUGGCUAAUGAGCUUUCGGAAGAACUGGAUGCAGCCAAAUCUCGGAUCAAGAAACAUCAAGAAGGGUCUUGCGAUCAGUCUGAAACUAUCAAAUCCUUAAUGACAGAAGUGGAUCAUUUACGUCAAGAACUUGGUGCUAACCAGUCAUCACGUGGUGAAACAGAGGCACUCCGUCAUGAAUUUGAGGAGAUGGUGGAGUCAUCUCAGAAGAAUAACAGACGAAACGCCGACCUUGAGCAGGAGCUCAGCCAGACCAGAGUGCAAAUGUGCCAGCUGGAAGAAGUCUGCAGUCAGCUCAGACUCGAGCGUGAUGCCCAGGUGCAGGAGCACAGGAGCCUACUGAGCCAUCAUGAAGCAGAGAAGCUCAACACGACCCGAAUAAGAAGCAACUCUGAGUUGGUGAUACAGCUGAACGAUCUGAAACAACAGCAGGGGAUGCUGGGAAAACAGGAUCAGGGCUCCAGAGAUGAGUGCUGGAAAACUCUGGUGGAACAACUUGUGCAAGUGCUGAGCACAUUGAACCAGAACGAUGAAGUUCUAAACAUAGCAAGAGCCAUUGUAGAGCAGCAACUUUCUAAGGCCAGUGAGGAAACAGAGCAGAGAAUUAAUGAGAUGCAGAAGGAACUGUCUCACAAAAACACAGAACUUAAGAAGAAAGCCCAAGAGCUGUUCAAGUUGAGGGAACUCGAGAAUGAUGGACUGCAUAAAAUAGAGACCAUGAGUUGCUCAUUGCAGCAGCUGGAGCAAGAACGAUCAGAUGCCAGAGAGAAAUUAUGUGAAGCUACAGUGCAAAUUGAACAAUUACAGAAACAGAUCUCAAGCUUGAGUGAGGAAAACCGAUUGUUUCAGCAGAGACUAUGUAAAGUGAAGGAGAUUAAGGAUCAGGUUCUGCAAAGUAUUGAUCCACUGCAGUCUGUGCAAUCCAAAGAAAAUAUACAGCUUUGCCAAUCAACAUAUCUAGAUAUUAUGGCAGAGCAGACUGAGGUGAUGCAUGUAAACUUCAAUAAAGAGAGUGCACAGAUAGAUCAACAGGAAUCGCUUGAGGCCGGAUUGAAUGAUACUGAAGAUCGUGCAAAACCGCAGGACAGAUGUCGCAAUGAAAAUGCUGGCGAUCCCAAGCAUCAUAGCAUCAAAGAGCUGCCUAUUGAGCAGGGAGAUGAUAACCAGGAAAGAAGGCAGGAAAAGGGACUUCAAAAAGCCAUGGGGGAAGAGGAAAUGUUGAGGCAGCAGCUGGCUGAGAAACAAGAUGCCCUUUCAAAAUUACAAAAGGAAAAGGAGGAUUUGGCUGCUUCUCUUGAAUCUGAAACCCAGAAUAACAACCAUUCUGAACAGGCUUCCGAUGUGAAGUCAAAUGAAGAUGACACUUUGAAUCCAACACAAGAGGUGGGAGUUCUGGACUCUUCUGUUCUUUCCACGAAGAGUCUAAGAGAACAGCGCUUCCCUAAACCUGAGCUGGAAAUUAGUUUUACUCCACUUAAACCUGACCGAAUAAAUGUCAGGAAACCAGGAGAGGAAGAAUCUGUUACAAUCAAACUCAGACGUACAGCCAGAAAGAGAAAGAGCCCAGAAAUGCAGAAUGGGGUGGAGUCUGAAAAUCGAAAAAACAGACGACUCAGGGUGAACAAGGAGAACAUCCAGUCUGUUGAGACUUCUAAGGUGCAAGGAAAAACAGCGAGUCAGUUAAAUCAGCAAGAUUCUCCAGCCAGCCUGAUACCUAAAAAAGACUGCGCUCUCCAGAAGAUUGGUGACUUUAUUCAGAGUUCUCCAACUCUCUUUGGUAGCAAAGCCAAGAAGAUCAUGAGCAUGGUUAAAUCCCCUCAACCUCUGAGGCCUUCCGAGAACAACAAACCCAAGAGAUCCAAACGGAAGCUUUUUAAGACCCAUGUUUCCUCUCCGAUGGACAUACCCUCUCAUCCUGUUGGUGGUUGUGAGGAUGAUAAAGAGAGCGAUCACUUGAUUAUCAAGAGAAAACUGAGAACAAGAACUGCUAAGUGAUUUUGAUGAUCAAUUGUAAUGUUAGUUUUUCUUAUCACUGGAAUGUUUUGUAAAUAGCUGUAAUAAGUUUAUGUUUUUGGAAUUGUGAUUUUUACUUCAGCUUUUUACAUCCUGUGAACAAAAUAUGUAAAAACUAAAUGUCAGUUAUUAAAAUAAUAAUUGAGAUAAAAAAUCAAGUAAAAUUUGAGAUGUGUGGUGUUUUUAUACAUUGGAGAAAUAUCUGAUCUGUUAUAUAUUUUGUAAUUAAUAGCUAGCUGGUUCUUAUCGCAGACUAAACCCUGAUUGUGUUAUAAGGACCUGAUAUGAAAGUUUUUUGCAAUACUUACCUCAUGAAUACAUUUUUCUAAAGUAUUUUACUAGCUCAUUUGUAAUGAAUGCAGACCUUUUGUGAGGAAAACCCAUUAACUUUCUCUUUCAAGCCAAGACACGAAAUUCCAACAAGAUAAAUGUGCAAUACGAUUUGUGGUUUGUAAAUAUCUGAUAUAGACGGUUUCAAAGUAACAACAUAAACAAACGCGUCGGUGGACUGCCCUAAAAGGAGCCAGUCUUUGCUGUUUUUGAGGCUUUGUUAAACACCCAAAAAUCAUAAUCAAUGGAUGUUCAUGUUUCUAAUUAAAAAAACUCUUUAUGUUUUACUUA